GGAUUUAGAGGGACAACGUUAAGCCUGAUUUACACGAGACGAAUUUUUUCGUGCGAUGCGAAUUUUUCGCCGCGAAUGCGCGUAUACCAGAAUGCAUCGUGCCCACUGAUUUUGACCACUUCUAGGAAAAGGUAUUCACCAACCUCAACGGGGAAAAUGGCUGCUAGUAAGAUGAUUCCAGAAGAUUCGAUCAAAAAGCUUGCUGAGUGUGCAGUUUGCUUGGAAGUGUUGUUUAAGCCAAAGAUGCUUGAUUGUCAGCAUUCUUUUUGUUGCAAUUGUUUAGCGGCUUUAUCUGGACAAAAUCUGUUACGAGAGAAAGUUCUUCGAACGGAUUUGGCCGGCCUAAUCAUAUGCUGCCCUGUUUGUAAGCAAGACCACGGCCCUGUCGAGUCAAUAGGCAGUCUGAGAACAAAUUUUAUGAUUAAUGGUAUCCUUGACGUAUUGGAGGCACACAGUAGUGGCAUACCUGAAAGAAAUGACUUACUUUGUUCCUGCCAUAAACCUGCGGAAUUUAUUUGUGUCGGAUGUCAUCAAAGAUAUUGCAAAAGUUGUUCACAGAUUGAAAAAAGCAAUACUUGCAAAACAAGUUCAGGUCUCAACUUUAAACAUGUGAUUGUUGGUUCAAGGUCAGAGGAUACAUACUAUUGUAGAAAACAUUUCCUUGAUCUUAAGUAUUUCUGUACUAAAUGUCACAAAGCUGUUUGCCUGGACGGCUUCCUAAUUGAUCACAAAGACCAUGAAGUCACGCCAAUUGAUAAUGCAAAAGAUUUUGCUGCUGACUAUGUUGGUCAGUUUAAGGAAGUUGCCAAAACCAUUAUAGAGGAUCAUAACAAUGUAGCAGAAACAGUAGAGAGAGUUUUAGAUAACUUGGAAAGCAAUGAAAAAAAGUUCUUUGAUGAUUUUUUUGCCCAAAAAAGGAAGAUAGAAGGACUUAUUUCAGCAAUUUUUCAUAGAGCUGAAAAAUAUUAUAGAAGUAUAGUCCAAACAACUAGAGCAAGUUUUCUUCAGAUAUCAACCAGUGCUUCUUUUUCAUUUGAUCCUCAAGGUCUAGAGCAAGAUCUAAGAAACAGUAAUUGUAUUGCUAUUACUGACUAUCUGAGAGUGUUUCAUUCAGAGAUAUUGAAACUCGAGGAGGCAAUGGAACAAGUCAAGGCAUAUCUGGCCAGGAGCAAAGAUUUCAAGAGAUACAAUCAAGGAAUGGUAUUAAAAAUCGAUGAAAAAACAAUGUUCAAUAAGGUUAUAGGUUUGUUUGAAAAUAUGAGCUUAGAGCCUUACCAGACUGGGAAGUUUGUUCCUACGAAAUAUUUCAAGUAUGAUGCAUAUAUGAAUGGUGAAUAUAAUUUCAACCAUGAAUGUGCUCAAGUUUCAAAUGAAGCAAGCAAUAGUAUAAAGUCAGAUGUUGGAUUUAAAGCUCGGAAGACUUAUGACAGAGAUUUCUUGCUGAAGUUCAAGUUUUGGAAUAUACGCCCAAAUUUUGAAAAGAGUUUCACGUGUACUCUUACUGAGCCACAUUUUAGAGCAGGUGUAAGGCUCGGCCGGCCACGGGUUUCAAUGGCCAGAAGACGUUCCAACGACAUUGAAGAAACAGGUAAUUCUGAAGAAUGCCUUGGACCAUCUAAAAAAACCCCUCAAUAUUUCUAUUAAGUACCCCAAAUACUUUAACACCCCUUCUGUUCAGCUUAAACUUUAUACCAAGAACAAACAAGAAACUUUGCCAGAGACAUGCUCCCGAGAUGAUUUUUUUCAAAUUUGUAAAAUGUAUUUAACUUAAUAGUUCAGUAUUGAUCCCAGUUUAUUUAGUUUGUAGUAUUUCGUCGGCCUUACAAUAGACUUGGAUAUUAUUGCUGUGAUUUUAAUGUCCAGUUGGGGAAAAUAGUUAUUUCUUAGUAAGCGUAAUCUUUUAUCAUUGAUUGAAAAAUAUUUUUAAUUUAAUCCCGUUUGAGCAGCUAUUAGAUGUGAGUUUGAUGUAGGAAUUGAUUCAAAUUUCACUCCAAUAAAUCAGGAACUGUAGGAGUAUUUUUGGCGAAUAAUUUUAAAUUUUUGUAGUGUAGAUAAGCCGAUAACAUAUCUCUUUUGCAAAGAGAAAAAUUAGUACAGGCGUGGUUGCAUCUUUGAUUAUAAAACCUUUUAGUUUUCUGUAACAAUGGAUAAAGUCCAUUUGUAAACAAUGCGAUCCUUAUCCUUUUCUGAUCAUUAA